AUGGACCCAUCCAAGAAACCCCAAGACCCAUUUCCCAUUCCAACAACUUAUCAACUCGUUCCCACCCAUCAAUCAACAAGUACAAAUCUAGAACUAAAUCUCAUGCCAUUCUCCAUAAACCAUCACGGAGAAUCCGAGAUCUCUACUUACUUUAUCCCCACAAAAUCAGACAACAAGACCCAAGAAUCUAGUUUCAGAGGAAGAUACAUCCAUGGUACAACCCUAGAUUUACCAAAUGGUUAUUACGGUACAUUCAUCAACACUCCUACUAAUACUUCAAACCAAGCUUUAGUUUCGGAUUUGGAUGGUCAGGGUGAGGUGGGCAAGCUGGGGGGUAGACCUUCUAGGUCUACUGGUAUCAAUCAAUCCAAAAGACAUCAUAAGAAAACUAAAUUAGAAACUAAAUCGGUUCCUCAUUACGAACAAGAAGAAGAAGAAGAAGAACCGAUCCAGGAAUCACUUCAACCUACUCUUCUUGAAACAUCUCAAAUUAAACCUUUAACAACAACAACUAAAACGUUGGAAUUAGUAGGCCAGUUUGAUAAAUUGAUUCUUUGGAACCCUGAUGGUCCUUUGGAUUUAAAGGACAAUUAUUUGAUAAAUGGUUUGGAUCGGUUUAUUGGUUUAUCUGAAAUAAUUCAUGGUGGUUCUGAUUGA